UUAGAAAAAACUCUGGCAAUUUAAAAUUAGCUUCUGUGUUUUAGAUUUCUUUCUGGGUUACAAUGUCUGAUUCUUUCAUAAAAUGAAGAAAAAAAACGGAGCAAAAAAAGCUUUGCAGGGAGGUGUCAAGGAAAAUGCUUCCAUCAGUCUUAAAACAAAGGAGAAGAAACUAUUAGGCGUGUCAAAACAGCAGAAUAAUCCCUCAAAAAACCCAGCCGGAAGAGGCCUUGGAAAAGCCGGAGCCAAACGUCUGGGUCGGCUUCUGAAACGAGUCGUUCAGCCUCAGGAGGAACCGGCGGCCGUAGCUGCACUUCCAAAGACUCCCGUUCGUCUUUUCAAACAUCAGAUUGAAAAGAAAGCAGAUAAUGCACCCGCGGCAAAGUUCUCGAAGCAGCAGGUUUCCAAGCUCAUCCUUAAUGUGGUCUCCCAGUGCAAACAUAAAGGGGGCAUCUCCAUGGAUGAGCUCAAGGAGACACUGGCCGCCGAAGGCUAUGAUGUUGCAAAGAACAAUCGCCAAGUUAAGGUGGUGACGGAGCAGCUGGUCAACAACAAGACACUGGUGAGAACUACAAGAAACACCUCACUGAGACUCAAUAAGGUAAAAACUGAAUUUGCUUCUUUCACUGAGUGGCAUUUCAGUUCUCCAUCCAGAUUAUUUUUCACAGGAUGUUUGGAUGUUAACUUAAAAUUUUAG